AUGCCACCUCUUCUGGCAGUUCUUGGUCUGUCUCAUUUUUGCGAUUGUCAUCUGGGUCACAGCCGCUUGUCUGCUAACCUAUCCAGUGAUGAGUCUCUCCCUGAUGCUCUAUCGCAAUCAGCAGCCUGUUCUCGAGCCAUCACCACGUACAGGCAGUCUGAGGGAGUUUCCAAGCUUGGUGACCAGUGGUGUCUUGGAGAGUGA